UGCUUUCUAAGUAUCUAUAUCCGCCAUCCUCUCUCUCUCUCUCUCAGAAACCGAAGCAACUAGCAAUAUCGCACACCCACAAAACACAAAAAUAUACCGCCAUGGCCGAGCAGUACCAACAACAACGCCCCAGUACCGAUACCGGCAUGAAAGGCAUGUUCUCUGGAAAGGGUCAGGGUCAGGGUCCCCCGACUUCGAAAGUUAUAGCAGUUGUCACUCUCCUACCCCUCGCCGGUUUCUUUCUCCUUCUUUCUGGUCUCACGCUCGUGGCAACGCUCAUCGGGCUAGCUGUAUCCACCCCGCUGUUCGUCAUUUGCAGCCCGGUUUUGGUCCCGGCGGCAGUAGUCAUUGCCUUGGCAGUGACCGGGUUUUUGGCGUCGGGAGCUUUCGGUAUCACCGGGCUCUCGUCGCUCUCGUGGAUAGCCAACUAUCUGCGUCGAACAAGGGUGCCGGAGCAACUCGAACAUGCAAAGCGGCGGGCCCAGGAGGCGGCUGGGCAGAUGGGUCAGACUGUCACCGGAAAGGCCCAGGAAACAGCUGGAAAGGCUCAAGAGGCUGGGAGGGGUGAAGAAAAACGAACAUGAAAACGAUCGACGCCUUAGUGUUGUGAGCCUUGUGAACUAGCUAGUUUGGUCAAUGUCUUCUUUGUUUACCUUAAUUUGUAUGUGUAAGCUAGGAAGAAGUCUCAGUGGUAAAUAGUUCUGGGUUUUCAAGUAAAUAUCAGUGUAAUAAAAAAGGGUUAUUGCAGAAGAAAAGGCAAGCUAGGCAUGCAUGCAUAUUUGGCAGUGUCUACGCAUUUUGUUUAUAAA